AUGACUCCGAUUCAGGAAGAAAUGAGGAUGCUACUUGAAAUUGAAGAAUCUCUUUCACUGGAGGAAGUGAACCAGUUGUCUCUUUCAGCUGAAGAUGGUUCAGUGGACAAUCAUGGGAACCCACCACUGAAACACAAAACAGGAAACUGGAAAGCUUGUCCUUUCAUUCUUGGCAACGAGUGCUGCGAGCGAUUAGCUUACUAUGGAAUCGCUAAGAAUCUAAUCACUUAUUACACUAGUGAACUGCACGAGUCCAAUGUCUCUGCAGCUAGACAAGUCAUGAUCUGGCAAGGCACUUGCUUUAUCACACCUCUCCUUGGUGCUGUUAUUGCUGAUUCUUACUGGGGAAGAUACUGGACCAUUGCUUCUUUCUCUGCUAUUUAUUUCACUGGGAUGGCUUUGUUGACGCUCUCUGCUUCAGUUCCGGGUUUAAAGCCAGCUGAAUGUAUUGGCCCUUCUCUAUGUUCACCAGCAACAAUGGUUCAGUAUGUUGUUUUCUUCUCAGGGCUUUACCUUAUAGCACUUGGCACAGGAGGAAUCAAACCGUGCGUCUCAUCUUUUGGUGCUGAUCAGUUUGAUGAUACUGACCCUAGUGAAAGAGUCAGUAAAGCUUCCUUCUUUAACUGGUUUUACUUCUCCAUCAACAUUGGUUCUUUCGUCUCCUCGACUUUGCUUGUGUGGCUUCAAGAGAAUUCAGGGUGGGGGCUUGGUUUCUUGAUUCCUACUGUCUUCAUGGGACUCUCUAUCGCUAGUUUCUUCUUUGGAACUCCGCUUUAUAGGUUUCAGAGACCUGGAGGCAGCCCUAUUACAAGAGUUUGCCAAGUUCUUGUAGCUGCAUACCGUAACAUGAAUCUCAAUGUCCCUGAAGAUAACGCAUUACUGUUUGAAACAGAAGAUAAAAACUCUGUAAUCGCUGGAAGUAGGAAGAUUGAGCACACACACGCGGCUGUUAGCUCAGGAGAUGGAUGUUUGAACCCAUGGAAGCUAUGUACUGUGACUCAAGUGGAAGAAGUUAAGAUUCUGAUCCGUAUGUUCCCUAUCUGGGCCUCAGGGAUCGUCUUCUCGGUCCUAUAUGCGCAGAAUUCAACUCUGUUUGUGCAACAAGGACGGUCCAUGAAACGGGUCAUCCGCACUUUUGAGAUACCUCCUGCUACACUUGGGGUUUUCGACACUCUUAUUGUACUCAUAUCCGUCCCAAUCUAUGACCGUUUCAUUGUACCCUUUGUAAGACGGUUCACGGGGACACCGAAAGGAUUCACUGAUCUGCAGAGAAUGGGAAUUGGUCUUUUUCUAUCUGUCCUGAGCAUUGCAGCUGCAGCUAUAGUUGAGACAGUGCGGUUGCAGCUAGCUCGAGAUGCAGUGUCAAUGAGCAUAUUCUGGCAGAUCCCUCAGUACAUGCUGAUGGGAAUAGCAGAGGUUUUCUUCUUCAUUGGUCGGCUUGAGUUUUUCUAUGAGCAAUCUCCAGAUGCAAUGAGAAGCUUGUGCAGCGCUUUAGCGCUUCUCAAUACAGCUAUCGGAAGCUACCUGAGCUCGUUGAUCCUCACUCUUGUGGCGUAUUUCACUACAGUUGAUGGUGAAGAAGGUUGGAUUCCAGACAACCUUGAUAAAGGACAUCUUGAUUACUUCUUCUGGCUUUUGGUCGUUCUUGGGCUUGUCAACAUUCCUGUGCAUGUUUUCUUCUCUGUUAACCACACGCAGAAAAAGGCAUUGUAA